AGUCGUCGCCUAGCCGCCGCCGAGUCGCGCCGCAACGUUGCACAGCUCAGCGACAGGUGGCGCCGACGCCCGCCCCGCCUGCGCUCUCCGACCCGGCAACGCGACUUUCAUGUUCAAAUACAAUAAAUCACUGUGAGGUGCCCGGCUUGAUAAGCGCCAAAAUGAGUAUCACCAGUUGAUCGAGUGUUCUUCAAAGGAUUUUCAUGAUGCUGCUACACGCUUUUGGAUUGUAAUUUGAAGUGAUAAUUGUGACACUGUGGCGGUGCACAGGUGGUUUGCGGGCCGUGUCGCGGAUGUCGCGGCGAUGACGCGGCGCGUGGCGCGCGACAUGCCCUGCUGACAUGGCACGCAGCCGCUCAGCCCUCCUUUCGCUGGCAGCUCUCGCAGCACUCGCCGGGUGUUGUGUGUGUGCGCCGCAGGGCAGCGUGCAGGGCGGCGUGCAAGGGGGCGCUCAAGUGCCGCCAGGGGUGCCGCACUCCACUGCGCCACCGGCCGGCGUCGGAGGAGUCCGGAGAUUCAGUCAGUAUUCCAGAGGGCGUGGUUACCGGGACUGGCGCACUCGCGGAGACCCCACUCUCAUCAAUUCACUCUGGCGCAGCCGGCAACCACUCGGCAUCCGAAAGCAGCUCGGAAACGCGGAGGUGUACAUAGUGCUGGCCCUGCUGAUCGGUUUCGUAACUGUGGUGGUGGGGUGCUGGCUAUCAGACAACUGCUGGUCGCCGGACCCAGAGGAUAUACUAGCCGGUGGGUGACCCGUAACGGCGGGCGCGUGCACGCACGUGUAGCGCCCGCCCUCCGCGCUCGACCGGGAGAGCCCCUCGGGCGCGGGGUCGCUGUCCCCUGUACUACCAGCGCCGGCGCCGCCACCGCGAGCACCAGCGCUCCUGCAUCUUUGCCGCGGCGCUUGUCUCCGCCUACCCUGUGAACGCACCCAUCACCCACCAGUUUUUUGACCGGAGCUCACGCAGAGCUCCUGCCGACUACAUGAAAAAACUAACGGGAAUCACAUACCGACUAUUGCAAACGGAGACGUGUGUGAUAAUAGCGAACUAAAUGUCAUUUAAGUGUUAUAGUUAUUAUCGUGUAUGUGGAAAGUGUUCUGUUUGUGAAACGGUGAUAUGGUGCAGGUAAUCGAUUUAAUGAACCGUAAGAGCUUCGACUAAAUUUUUAUGUAUUCAAUUAGUAUAGUGUUUGUCACGUGACGACGUCGUAGAUAUAGUAAAGGUUCUACGUGAUAUACCGACCGGGCGCUCGGAAUUAGAAACUAGAACGUUCACUCUACUAUUAUCGGAUCUCUCGUCGUAGGAUACGCUUUUAGCGGUCAAUUUUGAAUUCAUCUGAUUGUAACCUUACCUGACAUGUGGUGCAACUUUACUUUCUCUAUGUAUGUACCACUACUAUUAUUUCUAAAAGUAUGUGCCUUGAAACGCUUUCCUCGACUUGACUCGUAGUUUAGAGCGUGUUUUGAACCAUUUAGAAGAAAUUUCUUCUCUCUGUCUGUAUGGACAAGUAAUCCCAUAAGUGCAAUACACAUCAUGACCGUGCCUUUACCGUUCUAUAGACUUUGAGAGGGACGUAAUUAACAAUAGGAUUUAAAAAUACGCUGUCCUCGAAGGAGGGUCACCUACCAACGAUUACUUUUGUAUUUUUGUAAAAUAUCCAGCUUCUUAUAUUCUGUUAAAUGAUAAUUAAGAACAUAAAUAGUAAUAGAAGAGAAGAGUAGUUAGGACCAACAACUCUUUCACCAAAACGUGUCAAUUUAAACUAUUCAAGUUGCAUUGACAAUAGUAUAAGAAUUUUAAUGACAACGACAUAAUAAACUCAGCUGUACAUAAUUGUAAUUUGAUAAUUUUUUGCCAAUUUCAUAAAUUUCAAUAACUGCGAAUUAUAUACGCAUCAAUUAAAAUGUCUCAUUAUUAUCAAUUUAAUAACAACUAAUUACUAAAAUUAAAGAUUCCAUAAUGAAAAACGAUAUCGAGAAAUUCAGAUACGAAGCUCUAGUUCUUUCCUAACCCAGUCUUCCCCAUACUAAUAUUUCCAUUUUGUAAUUAUUUUUCCUUCGCAUAAAAAGGUGUAUAUCUGGAUUGAGAAAAGAAUGAUAACGAUAAACUUUUAAAUUAAAUAGAUAUCUUCGUGUUUAUUUUGUACAGUUGAUAAUCGUAAAGAAGUCGCAUAGUUGUGAGUAGCUUAGAGUGCAGUAUGAGCCGAUUUAGUAUAGAAGGCGUAACAUUUUAAACUCAAUGCGGUAACCCGUAAGCUUUAAACUUACAUAGAUAGAUUGUAUGCCUGCAGAAACGCAUGAAUAGAUAAAUGUUGGUAAACGAUAAAGUUCUAUAGCUUUAGCAUUAAGAACAUGUUCCGAAUACGAUUAUCCUGUAAGCAGAUGCCCAGAUAAUAUAAUACUGUAACUGGGGUUGCCAUCCGUCCGGUUUUCCCCGGACUUGUAAUAGUUUGCAAGGCGUAGGAGUAUUCGAUACUGACUGGAUUCAAAAUUUCGCACGAUCGCCAGAAAUGUGCGGGUCUUCCUUUAUAAAUCUCUUUGUCCGUGUUUACAUUUUUUUGGAGAAGGCAAUCCUAAUGGAUUUAUACAUUUAUGAUGAAUGGUUAUUCCAUAAUUAUUACCGUCAAUUUCACGUUUACAAUAUUUAUCUCAAAAAUACUUGAAAAAGAAGUACGGAAAGGGUUUUCUUAUCAAGAAUCUUAAAACAAAUGACAAUUUUAUUUUAUUUUUUUAAUGUUAUGCAGUAUUAAUCUUUAUAAGUACAAACGAUGAUAUCGUUCAUUUUAUAAAAGUAUAGGCACUCAUUUAAACUUCUUAACAAUAAAUUUCUCUUAUGAAUUGAAGAUAUAAAUUAAUUUUGCAAUAUCAAUAAACCAUCAUUUAAAAUUAUUAGCAACCUUAUUUUUUCUGUAUCGUAUAAUAUAUGUGUAUCUGUAUCCAAAAUUGUAAAGUAAUUUUAGAUCUCUCUUGGACUAUUUUACUGUUCACACUUAUUUUUAUUGUCUUAGUUUUUUAUAGUAUUAUAAUAGUCAAUACUAAUAAGUUUGUAUGAUAAAAUUCAUUUAUUCAUGGAGAUAGGUAUUGCACAGCGAUAUUUAUCUUUACUUGUACGCCUGGAGAGUAAAUUAUCGGCAAGUUUAUAUACAUAGGUGUAAGCGAAACAGGUGUAUUAAACGUCAAGAUAUGUAACUACUUAUAAGGGGUAUACAUGUACUGCACUUUGAUAGGAAUAAUGUACGAGUAUCUACGCUAUGCGUUCAAAAUAUUUAAAAACCGUAUUACAUUUGUGAUAGAAUUAAGAAACCCGACUGAAUAGUCAAAUAUUUGUAAGUAUUGUAUAAAUUGUCGGUAGAUUGUAGUCGACCGUAAUAGGUUAAUAUUUUACUCGUGCAGUCUGUGGCGUCGUAUAGACUAAGAGCCAAUCGUUUUAUGCUCAAUUUCAAUUGAUUAAAACCAUAAUUGACAUUAUAACAUUUGACACAAACACACCGUAAAGUCAUGUAAAUAAAAUCUUAUGUCUUUAGUCUAAGUAAUUACUGGCAUAUUAAAUUGUUUGGGGCUCUCUGCAGGUGCAACUUUGUAAAAUGCAUUAUGGGGAUCGCUAUGCAAUCAACUUCCUGUUAUGUAAAGACAUAGUGCCAAGGUUAAUAUUUAGAUUCAUAAUUCACAUAACAUACACUAGACUUCAAAGCGUAGUGCCCUGCCAUUUUUUUUUAAUAAAACUCCUAAUAAAGUUUUGUUUUCUAUAACUUUAUAUAAAAUAGUUUAGUAAUGGAUUUAUUCUGAUGGAGAAUAAAACUUCAUCACAGAUAUCGCUCAGCGGCUCUACCACGUAACAAAACCGUUUGAUGAGCUGUGAAAAUAAAGCUCUGAUUUAUCUGUCCAAUCCGAGACUUCCGACUAUUCGGUCUGCUUAAUAGGAUCUAUUAGAGCGUCAUUUUGCCAUAUCAAUCAGGAUUUCAGCCACACGGUAUAGCCACAAAGUAGAAACAGUCUCCAUUCGAUUAAACGCGUCUUGAUGAGCUAGGUACGGGAAAUCAGCUCGGGCAGACCCACAGUUAAACUCUUACUAAUGCCCUCAGCGCCGCAAACAGGUGCUAAUGACGUAUGGGAAACUUUUAGACUUCAUCUUCAACGUGUCAAACGGGCUCAAAUCUAUAAUGACAGUUCGAGAAAGUAACAUCAAAAACUAUCAUGUAAAUUAACUUUAUUUAAAGUAUUUAUACAUGAUGUUUGAGUUUUAGCAGGUAAAUUUAAAUUUCAUCAUUUUUACUUUAAAAACUUCACUAUGGUAUAACUAACUGGUUUUUGAAAAUAUCAUUACAAAAACCUUAUAAAAAACUGAAAAUCAUUUUAAAAGUGUGGCACGAUGUUCCGAAGGCUAGUGUUACUGCCAACCUAGUGCCAAAUUUUGAAAUAGAAGCACGUAAUAAUCUAUUCAUCUACUACAUCAAUUUAGUUUCAUGUAUGAUAUUAAAAUAUUUUUUUUUUAUUGAAAUUUCUUCUGUUUUAAAUGACAAUAACUGUAAUACUUUGUACAUUAUAUAAAAAAUAUAUUUCCAUGUUUACACUUUCGCAAAACUGCAAAGUAAUCGAUGUAUUAAAUUGUUAUUUAUACUACGUGGCAAUUUUAAAUAAAAGUGUGUGUGUGUGUGUGUGUGUGUUUUUUACCAUUUAGUUCCCAUGGGAAUAUAUUUAGUCACACACAGCGAAACAUAGCUAAAUUUACCUAGAAAACUCGUUCUUUAAGACGUACAUCACUAUUAUGACUGUAAUAUGUAAAAUAAAUAUAAUUUUUAUGCAAGGAAACUUAUUCCCUAAUGCGAGUAUGUAAAAAAUAUAGGUUUAUUUUCUAAUAAAUUUUGUUAUAGAAUAUGAUAAAUAUUCAAAUAGAUAAACCAGUUAAAUCUAGCCAUUUCACAGGUUCCGAAGAUAAAAUAGUAAUUUAAAAAUAGAACAGAAUUUAUGUAAAAAAAAAUUUUCGGUACCUGUCAAAAGAGCGCUAUUGUAUCAUCUUUACAGAAUUGUAAUUAAUUUAAAAUCAUUUAUCCGUUGCUAUGUUAUAAAUUCAUUAACCUUGACACUAUAUUUCUUACUUCUAUUAAUGAAAUAAUAACUAUAUAUGCCAUAAAUAUUUGCCAAAUGUUGUGUCUAUUGUGUAUAUUGUAAAAUAUUGAGCGCUUUUAACUUUUCAAGUGAAUUGAAAAACAUUAUUAGUAAAAUCAUAAAACGAAUAAUUUUCGUUGUUGGAUUUAUAAGAAAAUUAGCAUUCCACGUUACCCUAAAUUAGCACCGUUUCAAAAAUACAAAUAAUGUAAGUACGUUUCUACAAUCGGUCGACGAUAUUGACUGUUUACAUAAUUUUAUUGUUGUAAUCGCGAUAUAAUAUUUUAGCGUGUUGUAUUUUUUAUAAAAAAAAAAUAACUUGCAUUUAAUUUAUUGUUGGGAAGUGUGAUUGGCUUGGCUGAAUUAGGAAUUGAGAGAAUCAAUAAGCUCAAAAGUACUACUUAGCGAUUACAUUAUAUACAUAUUGUAUGUCAUUAUUUGUCACGAAUAAAUUCAAAUAAAUGUAAUAUCGU